AUGUGUCUUCAAGACAGUGCCCUCCCGCUAUGGCCCAUUUUCUGCGCCGUACUCUGCACAUCCAUCAGUGUGAUUUUCCAACCAGCAGGCCAUGUCUCAUUCGUCGAUGACUUAAAGGUCAACGCCGCGUUUCUAUCUCCCAUCACAGGGGCGCUGUGGUCUCUACGCACUAUAUUCGGGGUUCUCGGGUGUAGGAUAUACAACGUGGCAGAUCUCCCAGCAGCUCUAUGGAUCGCCUCGGAGAAGGAGUUCCAGAGUCAUGCUGGACCGUACGUGAUGAGCGCACUCGGACGAGGACCACGGAAUAUCUACAUUACUGCCCGAUGGGUGUUUUUCGUCCUGGUCACCCUCCCGCUUUACCUCCGUCUGGUCUACUCCAUCCAAAUCUGGUGGGCGACAACAUGGGCGACCGCCCUGAUAACCAAAUUCCUCUUGCUCGAACUCCUGACGAGAUACUAUGACCCACCACGGACAAAGAUAGUCGUACACACGACCUGGCCCGAAGUCCCGUUCAUCACUCUAUCCAGCUCACGAAGCCCUGCUGAGCCCAGCACAUCCAGCCAGAACCCCGUCCACGGAAAGGAGGGCAUCGCAGAACAGAGCAUAGACCCCAACGACGCAAAGGCCCUUCUCCCCCUCUGCGCACGCAUCCAGAAAUUCUGCUCCAUCGUAACCGAAAGUCCCGACGACACAGAACGAAGCCGCAUGACCCCAGCCAAAGACUUCUACCUCCGCAAAGCGCUGAACCACGAGUCCCUUGACCCCCGACUCUGCUGCGCGCACACGCGGUGUCGCCUGUUCAAGCUGUUCCAUGUCCUAGGCCACGCAAUGCCCUAUCUAUUACUGACUCUCGAGGCUCUCGUCGUCCUAUACCUGGGCCACCAGAACCUACGCACGAUUACCAUCCUUGUUACAGGGUGGAUCAUGAGACCCCGCUGGGUGAUGUUUGCCGUCUCCCUGGGCACGAGGAUUACCGUGGUUCUUCUGCUGCCCGUCUUUCUGGGGUCGGUUGUGAUGGCUGUUCUGCGUGCGCGCCGCCCGGUUACGGAGGUGAGGUUUGCUCGCCGUGUGUUGGAGGUUAUGUGUUUGACUCUCCUGGCGGUUGUCUGUGUGGUGUAUUUCCUUGCGUUUGGGUAUCCGCCUGUUUCGCCGUUUGCUUUUGCGUGGGUGGGGGAGGUAUGCGCUGCUCCGGUCAUACUGGGAGUUGGGUUCAAGGUGGCUCGAUGGAUGGUGAGAGGGCCGCGGCGGGGGGUGGAUGGGCAAUGGUCGACUGGUGAGGACUGGAGAACGAUCGGCGAUGAGAAGAAAGUUGCAGAUGAACCGCCGUUGUUGGCACAUCUCUUUGCGUUUGCUUGGACGGUGAUGUUUCUGAUUCCUGCGGUUGUUGUGUGGGUUGUGAUGAAGACGGUGUUUUGUGCUGCGAUUGCCUUACAGGAAGCGGAGAUUCAGAAGAGGUUUGAGGAGUAUUAUGAGCGUCCGGGGUUCUAG